UUUUGUGUUUGGGCCUUUUUGGACUCAACGCACGUGUGAUGCCGUCGAAGACAUUCCCAUUCCAAAGACCGACCGACAGACAGACGGACGGACAGACACAGAAGAGAAGAGAAGAGUGAGAUGAGACAGUCAGAAGCAACACAAAUUCAUUGGCCAUUCUCUUGACUUGGACAUCCUCCUCCUCGUAUUUUUCAUAUCAUCAAUUUUCAUUUUCUCAACUAACCUUCUUCACUUUCAAUCAUCACAUUCAGAACUCCUAAAAAAAAAAAAAAAAAAAGGUUUCUUCCUUCCUGGGUCUGUCUCUGAAACGAAAUGUCGAAGCAGCAGAAAGGUUUGGAGUACUGGGUCCAAUGGCAAGUCCCUGUCUGCGCUGCAAUCAUCGUCAUCCCAGCCAUGGUGGCUCUCAACUACAUCAAAAACCAGAACAAUAAGAAGAAUCACACCGUCCUCAGAUCCUUUGAUUUGUGGAAUUCUUGUUGGAGAAAUCUCAAUCCUCUUUGGCUUCUUCUCUACAGAGCCUUUUCUUUUCUUUUCUUGGCUUCUCUGCUCUAUAACAUGGUUGCUAUCACUGGUGCCUUUGCCUUCUUUUUCUACACCCAGUGGACUUUUGCCUUAGUUGUGCUUUAUUUUGCGGUAGCAACUGGUGUGUCAGCGUAUGGAUGUUGGAUGUCCAGAAAGAAAGUCCCAUCUGAAGAUGGGGCGAGCACUUACACGGAGGAAGAAUUCAAAGACAAGAUUAAGUUACAAAGCGCCCAUGCCCAAAAGGAGAUUCACCAAAACGCUGGAUCUUGGGGAUCUCUAAUGCAAGCGAUGUAUCAGACUUGUGCAGGCGCUUCUGUGUUGACAGAUCUAGUAUUUUGGUGUCUUUUAGUUCCAUUACUAGCCAACGUGCAAUUUGAACUAACCCUGUUGAUAGGUGCUAUACACACUGUAAAUGCUGUUUCCCUUAUUGGGGAUACUGCACUCAAUGGCCUUCCGUUUACCUGGUCCGGAUUUGCAUAUUUUGCUCUGUGGAGCUGCCUCUACAUUACAUUCCAAUGGAUCGUCCACGCGUGUGGUUUUAUGACAUGGUGGCCAUAUCCUUUUCUCGAGCUCAAUACGCCAUUGGCGCCCCUAUGGUAUUUUGGGAUGGCAUUGUUUCACGUUCCAUGUUAUGGGAUUUAUGCCAUGAUUGUCAAAGCGAAGAAUUCUUUUCUCCCCAGAUUGUUUCCUCGUGCUUUUGUGAGGUUAAAUUAGUGAAGAACUGAUUGUGUUUCAGAACUUAUAAUAGGAUGUUACGAAACAUUCUGGUCAUUAUUUAAUCCACAUCGUGGACGUUGCUUUGUAACACGUUCUCAAGCAAAAUCAUUGUUGCCUUUCUUACACCAUGGGAGUUAUGCAGAGGGUGAAUAUAAACCAUGUUCUGCUUUCAAAACUCUACAAGAAUAGUCAAGUAGAAUCGAAGCGGUUGAAUGUUGCACUUUCAAACACAAUAAAUUAU